AUGGAUCGCUACGUGGUUGCGCCCUUCUGGGGACCCCAGACCUCCUACCUGAAUUUCUGCGAAGAGGAUUAUGUAGUGACACGAUUCAUAGCGGAGUUUAUAAAUACUCUCAGCAGCUUCGUUUUUAUACUUUACGGUAUCUAUGGACUCAGACAGCUGGCCCAGAGGAAGCAGUCUGGUGGCCUGCGAUCAAUCUCAUACUACGGAUUGAUUGGAGUGGGCGUCUGCUCAGGCGGAUACCAUAUGACUCUCAAAUAUCACACGCAGAUGUCCGAUGAAUUGUCCAUGCAUCUUCUCACCACGCCUCUUCUGUAUCGCAUUCUUACGUUCAAGGCCAGUCCACAACGUACCAGGCUAGUUGGAGCGAUCCUUCUGACCCUCUUCACAUUGGUGAUGGUGAUUCAUAUCGUCAUGGACGAAUUUAUCCUUCACGCCGUGAGUUUCGGCAUCGCAGUCUACCUGAUUGCGACCGAAAGCUUGAAGAUUAUCCCUCAACAAGUUCCAGAUCUCGUGAUUAGGAAGAAGAUUCGCAACAUUGCAUCUUUUGGUUCCUUCUCCUUCGCCUUCGGUUAUAUUGUGUGGCUAAUUGACGAUUGGGCCUGUGGAAUUUUGACUGAGACUCGACACUUCGUUGGUAUGCCUCUUGCAUUCUUCACUGAAUUGCAUGGCUGGUGGCAUAUCUUCACCGCAAUCGGCGGCUAUGUUGCGGUCGCAAUCAUCGACUUGGUCACGGCUGGUCAGGUUCAUGACGACCCCACAAACGAUCUUGCUUGGCCCAUCGGUGCCGCAACACGAGCCUUUGAGUCUCUAAACUUGUCCAAGAAACAGAUCUGA